UAAUGUGACGCGUCGCGUACGCGCGCGUAACACACGUAUAGCCAAGAUGGCGGAAUAUCAGCAGUGAUAUUUAAUUUUGCGGAGAGUCUUCGGGCUUUAAAAAGGAUCGCGUGCGACGCAUGCGAUCGUUGACAAGGUCAGCGACAGGUCUCGGAGAAUCAGGAGCUCUCGCACAAUGUUGUGUCGCGAGCAUGAGAUCUACCUACGCACGAUUUUGACGUGCGCGAUCGGCGCUUGUUCGAUGCUUGGCGACCUCGGACUCAAGUAUGGCAAAAGCGCGCCGGAGCGCGCGGUGUUUGACAACGCAACGCACGCAACGGUAGGCGGUCUCACGUGGAUGCUGGUUGUCGUCCUCUCGCGAAAAUCCAUCGUACGCAACCUAUAUGCUAUAGUUUCUUGCUUCCUGUUAUCAUCCUUCAUCGAUCUGGAUCACUUUAUCGCGGCGCACAGUUGGCAUAUCCAUGAUGCUACACAUUUGGAGAAACGACCAUUCCUACACUGCACUACAGUUCCUAUCGUCCUGUGGAUAUUUCUUAUCCUACUCUCCAGUGUAUUCCAUUCCCUAAAGCUGCAGCAAGCUUCCUGGAUAGUACUAGCUGCCUUCUUGAGUCAUCAUAUACGAGAUGGUACCAGGAGAGGUUUGUGGUUCUGUCCCUUUGGAUCCACCCGUCCACUUCCUUACUACUUAUACGUGAGUCUUUGCAUGUCCCUUCCUUACCUAUUAUAUUGGCUCUCGUAUCAACAUACUUUUGCAGAGAGUAGUAGCGAUAAUGUUACUCUCAUUGAUAUAUGAAAGAGAUUUAUUCUCUCAUUUAUAUAUUAUAUGCAAACAGUCUGACUGGGGUCGGACAUUAAAAGUACAAAUUUAUUAUGUGCAAAACUACUCUAAGUGUUUGUCACAUGGAAACUGUCUUUGACAACUAAAGCUCGACUGAGCCAAUUAAGCUUUAAGGAUAAAAUUGAUAUAUACGAGUCUUUUUCUAUUUGGCUCACCCAACAAAAAAGUCAUAUCUAAUUUUUAUAAAAAAAAAAAAAAACAAAAAACAAGCGAGUAAUUGAAAGAAUUUUUAUACCGUCGCUAAAUUAUUGCAAACGAAUGGAACGAAGUUCGAGCACAACUUAUAGGCGAGUCCCACGUUUGUUCUCCACGUUUGCAUAUUCACGAGUCGAUAGACUGUCCAUUUUUAUGCAAAGCGCCGAUAUUCUCUACGACUCAACAGCAAUUCAAUGUUGCGAUCGAUAAUAUACACGACAUACCAUCGUCUACAAUAUUUGGAGCAUGAAGAACAUCACGAAACCACUCAACAGCCAGAUAACAUUUAAAUAAUGAGCGUAGUGCAUAUAUAUAUAUAUAUAUAUAUAUAUUCUUUUAACUUUUAAAGACCAUAGAUGAAAAUUUCAUCCGUGCAAAUUUUUGAUCUCGUCAAAAAAAAUGUAACCACACCGACAGUACUAAUUUUAUAGAUAUUUAUUCACACUAUCAGUAGUGGCAACAUUAUGAUAAAACAGAUCCAAAUUUUCGCAUAUACUAAUAUAAACUACUAUUAUUAUAAACAAUAAUAAGAAAAAUUAGUGAUAUUUAAUGGUAGGUGGCUUUUAAAGAUUAAAUUUAUUUUAAACGGUACUUUCUCGGGCGGUAUUUUAGCGGGAUGAACACAAAGAACCAAAGUACGUCGAUAUAUAUUCUAUUAUUGCUAAAAUAUACAAGGAAUACGA